AUGAAUAGGACAUUUGUAGGACAGUACAGAGACUCCUUCACUAAAGCAGUGACCAAGAACUGCAUCAUAAUCUUCAUCUGCAUCACCAUCAACUUCAUCAACAGUGUUCUUAUUGACACGUUCCGAAAAAAUGAGAUUUUUUUCUCCAAAUCACGUUACAUCCUUUUCAUCCACAUGGUCAUCAAUGACAUGCUCCAUCUGAUUCUGACCACACUCAUUUUUAUCUUCUCUUAUGUAUUCUACCUUCUACCUGUCUCCAUGUGCACGGUCUUUAUGCUCGUCAUCAUCUUCACAACAGAAAACACCCCACUCAACCUGGCCUGCAUGGCACUAGAAUGCUACAUCGCUAUCUGCCACCCUCUCCAUCACAUUCAAGUCUGCACCGUCAAACGAACCCAUGUGCUGCUUGCCUUGAUUUGGAUCAUAACUUUUAUUUCUGGGAUUUCUGAUCUAUUCAUUACACUGGCAUCUUCCCCAAUUCACUUUUUCUACACUGAAGUGUUUUGUCUUCGAAUUAAUGUCUUUCCGAGUCCAACUGUAGAAAAAAAACGAGAUUUCUCCUACAUAGUUCUCUUGUUUGUUGUUUGGUUUGUUAUUGUGUACACGUACUUCAAAAUUCUCUUCAGCGCAAAGACAGCAAGUAAAGAUAUAAAGAAAGCUCGAAACACAAUUAUUUUACAUGGUUUUCAGGUGCUGAUGUGCAUGACAAUCUACGCAACGCCAGCAUUGAGGGAGAUGCUAAUCCGAUUAUUCCCCAGGAGCAGUUCAGAUAUACAGUUUGCUGUUUACAUUAGUGUGCAGAUUCUGCCGAGAUCACUAAGCCCCAUUGUGUAUGGCAUAAAAGACACCACUUUCAGAAAACACAUGAAGGCCAAUCUAAUGUGUACGCUUGGAAGUACAGUUAAAAAUCUAUCAGGUGAGGUUUGA